AUGCCUUUUCCUCCCAUCAGCCUGCACCAGCGCAUCUCUUCUCCAGGCAGGGAUUUAUUUGGGAAGAAGAAACCCAGCGCUGUGCCUACUCAACCAGAGCUCACCAGCAAACCGGGAGCGGAUAAGAUUUCGGAAAAGGAGAAGCAGCCGUCGCCCUGGACAGCUGCUAAUUUACGGAAUCUCGGGAGAAAACCUCAGCAGGAGAAGAGCAAAAGUCCGUUUCACAAAGCGGACGAUCCUCAGGGAAAGUGGCUGUCUGUGCCCAAACCUCAGGAACCGUGCGAAGUGGUGAGACGCUCCACUUCUAUGGACUCAGCGAAGCCACAGGGGAAAGAUGAAGCCAAGAAGGACAUUCAGUUUACUCUCAGCCUGACCCCAGAAGCCAUACUCGUGAUUCAGAAACGCAACUUAGAAAAGCAGAUGAUGGCGAAGCAGCAGAAAUGUUGCGCCGCGGCGGACUUCAGGCACCGGCGAGUUUUCCCGUCCAAAAAGGCGCAAGGGACGAGCAAAGGAUGCGUCCCCAGCAGCGCGUCAGGGAAACCAGACCCCCAAGAACAGGACAUCACUGCCAUAGUCAAAAUAUCACUGUUAAAUGACCAGUACAAGUACGAUGACGUGGAGUAUGAGGAUGAGGAUGGGGGCGUGGAUGAGACGGUGGUGAGGAAAUGUAAAGAGUGGCUGAAAGGGGUGGAAAACGCUGCCGCUUUGGGGAAAGUGGACAAACACGCUGCACUUCCGCAUCUUAAAGGAUGCUGA